GGGAGAUAUCCAGGAUAAGCUAACCAGCAUUUUCAUCAGCCUGUCUGUUUCUUUGCCAUCUAACAAUCCAAAACAGACAGUCAGAAACCUCCCUGGCUUAGAGCCAGUUCUGAACGCUCUGCAAGAAAAUGCAACCAAAGCAGAGGUCACCUUUAGAAAUGCCGGCUGUGGAAGUGACAACAUCUGUCAGAGUAACCUGCAGCUCGAGUAUAGGUUCUGCACCAAAGACCAACAACAAGACAAAUGUGACCCUCUAGCCAUGGAAAAUGAUAUUCCUGUCAUUUCUCCUGGUGAUAAGAAUCUUGCCCUGGAGGUCACUGUAACCAACAUAGGUGGAGAUGAUGCACACCAGAGCCAACUUUCUGUGGCGUUUCCAGAAUUUCUCCAGCUAUCAUCAGUCGAGCCGAAGAAGAGUAGUGAAGCUCAGGUGCAGUGUAACCCAAAUGAAAAUAAAACACAGGCUGACUGCCAACUUGGAAAUCCUUUUAAAAGAGACUCAAAGGUUUCAUUCUUCCUGAUACUUAACACAGAAAGGCUUUCCUUGAGAGUAACAAGCGCUAAUGUGACUAUGUUGCUAAAAACGAUCAGCAUUCAAAAUAUUCCAGAAGUCGUUGCAGAAGCAAAAAUUAUCUUUGAACUGCAUCUAAAAAUCGCUGGUCUUGCUAAACCUUCCCAAUUAUUAUUUGGAGGAGAAGUAAAAGAUUUGAAAGCAAUGAAAUCAGAAAAUGAUAUCGGCUCUUUGGUUCAAUAUGAGUUCAGGGUUGGUGUUUCAGUCUCCUUAAAGCUACAAUAA